AUGCCAGUGCCAGCGUCAGGCACCGCAAGGGUGGAACCGAGGAUGCUGGCGCUGGAGGAUAGACCUGCUGGGCCAGCAAGUUCGGUGCCAUGCAAGUCUGCAGGCGCUGACUUGGAGGAGAAAAUGCCGCUGAUGCAGGCGGAAGCAAAGGAAGAAGGGAGAGUUGCGCCGCCUCCGGGCGGACCGCUGGAACAGAGUUUGGCUGCGUUGGCGCACGCUCACUACCAGAAGGAGCUGCCGGAGAGGCCUGGGUUAACGGCCAGUGGUGCGGAGAAUUCUUCGAAGGCGAAGGGCUUGAAGCGUCCCGCUUCGGUUUUGCGCAAGCCGUCAGCAUGCAAGUCUUCGUUGGAUUCGCACCCUGCCGUGGCGAAGCGUCCGGCAGCGAAGCAAAUGGGGAGGAAGGAGACUGCGAAAGCCACGCAAGACGCAAAGCAGAAUGAACUAGCCGUGAAGGCCAACAGAAAGAAAGCUGGUGGGAUCAAGAAGAAAGCUUCCGCCGUGAAGGCGGGUGAAAGAAAUGCCUGCCUAUGGGCGCGCCUCGCCAUCCAUGUGAUGCCCGCUGCCAUGCCUGGUGCGCGCUGCCUACGGGCAGCGCAACUAUAUAGCUACGCUCGCCCACGGGCGGCGCAGCUGCAUUGCGUGGUCGCACAUGGGCCGCGCAAGUUCAGACCUUGGCGCACGCCUACGGGCGGCGCACCAAAUAAACCUUUUGCUCGCCUAUGGGCAGCGCAGACCAAGACCAUCGCGCUCGCCUACGGGCGGCGCAGGCUGGCGACAUCACGCUCGCCUAUGGGCGGCCCAACAACAUGGCGCUCGCCUACGGGCGGCGCGCGUCAACAACGUCGCGCUCGCCUACGGGCGGCGCAGGCGAAAGGUCAGCGUGCCUACGGGCACAGCAGUGGAAGACUCGCCUACGGGCGGCGCAGGCGAAAGGUCAGCGUGCCUACGGGCACCGCAGUGGAAGAUCAGAGCGCUCGCGGCAGGUCCUCAUCCCAGUCAGACCUGGGAUAUCGCUCCAAGGAGCGGCAGCACUCUCCAGCAGAGGCGCCCGCUGCCGCAGAGGCAGCGGACACAGAGGAAAAAGAAGAGGAGGCGGCAAAGGGAGAAGAUAAGGCUGCGGAGAGUCGUCAGGAAGAGAAAAAGCAGCCGCAAAAGGCUGCCACAGUGUCCCAUGCCAAGCCAAGGGGUGGUCACCGCCAGUGGAAAAAUUCCUCGAGGUAUUACAAGCUCGGGUAUGGAACUUGGCCCUGGUGUGAAUGGAUGGCCCAGCAAAAUGAAGCUCAUGAAAGAGCCUCCUGGGACGCGUGGCUGAGAGGACAGCGGGCACCGCCAGAGCCUCCGGGCCCCCCUCCGCGCCUGCAGUCCAACAGCCGUUCGCGGUCCCGCCGCACCAGGCGGAGGGAGCGGGAAGAGGAAGAGAGGAGCCGCAGGCGAUCGCACACAGAGCGUCGCCGCAGGCGCAGGUCGUCGACGGAGGGAGACACGUCCCGCAGACACAGGGAACCGCGGGACACGCGGUCACGCAGUCCCGCAGAGCGAAGGCGCCGAAGGAGGCGGGCCUCACAGGAGACAGAACCGCCGCUGAAAUCCCGGUCGCAAGAACAAGAAGAAGAAAGAACCAGGGAGCACUUCCGGCGUCUCGCUGAAAAGGAAAAGGCGGAGAAGGAAAAGGCGGCGCGCGCUGAGCAGGAAAAGGCUGCGCGCGCAGAGCAGGAAAGGGCGGCGGCCGCUGAGAAGAAGCGAGCCGCCGUUCCGUCUGCCUCGCAGACAAGUAAGAAGCUUCAGAAGCAGCAAUCUGCGCCUAUCCAGAAAGGACAGCAGACCCGAUCUCCCAGUGGCGACGGCAGUCCCUCGGAGGAAGAGGACGCAGAAGAGCAAGAGUCCACCUCCGGAGAGUCGGGCUCAAAGGAAGAAAGUUCCCCUGCACCCGAAGCCGCCCAGGCUGCGCCUGCAGGGGCAGUGCCAGCAACGAAGGCGAAGACGCGCACAAAGGACCCUCAGGCAGCUGGCAGGAAGCCCCCGGAGGCCGGGACCGCAAAGGCAGCGGAGAAGUCUGCGCGCCGCCAAGGGGAGACGAAGAGCGGGGUGCCAGAAGGCUCAACGGCACCAGCUUCUAACGCCGCUGCAAGGCGGGAGAUGGCGGUGGCUCUCCUGGCGGUCGCGAUGCGGGAGGGCAUGGCGGACUGCUGUUGCCGGCAGGGCAGCGAAGGCACCCCUGCAGCGGCCCCAGACGCGGCAGCGCCCGCAGGUUCGACCAGUGAGUCCAAAAGUCCGGAGGGCGCUGCCACCGCCGCUGAGCCUGUGACUUCUCUUUGCGCAAAGUGCAGAGUGCAAGCGAAAACGGCGGAGAUGAUUGGCCGAGAAGGCUACAGAGUGGAACUGAAGUACGUGUGCAAGCCAUGCCACGCUACGCAGACACAGCUGGCGCGCAAGGGCCUGCAGUUGCACAAAUUGCUUGGCCAAACGCGCUUGGUAGAGUUCUUCAGUGAAGCUGCGCUUGAGCGCAAGAACACGGAAGACGGUCGUCUUGCCUAUGGGCAGACCAGGGCCGUGCUCAAGCGCCAUAUGGUGCAAGAGAUCAUCCACAUGACGAAGGACACGCAAGAAGCUGAGUGGCAGCCCCUUUCAUACUACGAAUUGAAAGGCUACAAUACUGCUGCCAUCGAAGCAAUGUGUCCGAUGGAACAUCACCCAGUUCUUGGACCAACGUACAAGCUCGCCAUCCACACAGAAAGCCAUGGCACCAUCACGAAGGACGUCGAGAAACGCAUCACAGAGAUGGAGAACGAUGCAAUGCAGCGUCAGAACUCUGUCGCUGCAGGCGUUCCCCAAAUGGACUUAGAGGUGUCUGUCGAGCGCGCUGUGAAGCGCAAAGGGCCACUGAGCGAAGAAGAGAAAGAAGUAAAGAAGCAGCUGCGUGUCGCCCAGAAGGCGGCCGAAGCGGACCGAAAGUCCGCCACUGCCGCGGCUGCGAAGCAUGUGGCCGGAUUGAAGGCUGUGCUGGUCAAGCUGGAAGAAAAGAAGAAUGCUUUGGGUGAGGCUUUUGACGCGUUGCCUAGCGCUGCAGUCGAUGAGGUCAAUAGCAACAUCAACGACCUGCAGGAGGUGGUGUCGGAAGCCACAAAGCUUCUCGAUGCGGCCGCCAAAGGAAAGUCUCUGAAUGAUGCGGUGUCAUUCAAAAAAGACAAGGACUUGGGAAGCAAGAUCAAGUCUGGGAACGCAGCUCUCAGGAUCCUGAAUGAAAUCCUUCGUGCUGAGAAGGAUUCCGACUUGGCGCAUGGUGCUGUAGAACUGUUGAGAGAAAUCCUGGUGGCGGUUCGCAUCUCAGAUCGCUACCCGCAGAUGAAGCAGGCACUAGAGUUUGUGAAACUCGCGUUGUUGCUUCUGAAGGGAUUGCUUCUGCGCUGGAAUUGUUAUGAUUUUCCGCCGAAGGCCCAGGAACUUCCAUUGCAGAAGUUACCGUUGGUGUGCCCAAAUCACUGCUGGCAUGUGGAGCAUCCCAAUCGUUCCACACUGGCGGCGGAAGUGAAAUCGAGCUUGCGAUUCAUGGAUCUCAACGCCCUGGUGUUCGAGCAUGAGCCAUGGGUUUGGCUGUAUCAUUGCCUGGACGCCUUGGAUAAAAAUUGCGCCAUGCCGGUCCUGGAAGAAGGAAAUCCCCGCAAGAAAGCUCGGUUGCCAAGCGCCAUGGCGCGAUUCAGUGAGAAAAGUAUUUGGAGCAUGAGCCGCCUACUGGAAGGCAAAGAAGCCAAAGGUCAACCCUCUGGCGCGGCGCGGCGGCGCUUUGCCGAGGCAAUCGCUCCCUUUCGGGCUUGUUACGAGCAAGUAACGGCACCGAACAAGGAGCCGUCGCUACCUGACAUCCAGUGGGCGUUCGCCAAUGUAAGAACGCUGUUACGCCGUAUGGCGGCGGUGUGUCCAAGCAUAGUUCCGUUCCUGCAGCAGCAGGCGCAGCCACUGCGGUGUGUAUUUAGCCAUGACGAGUGCACGGCGGGGAAUGUCUUGGCCAUUGACCAAAGACAAAAGGCAACGCUAUGUUACUUGUCGAUGGAAUGCAUGGCUAAGUGGAGCGAAUCCCCGCACGCGUGGAUCCCGCUUUCAGCCGUCACUCAUGCGCAGGUCGCGAACGCACGCGGUGGCAUGGGGCGUGUGCAUCAGAGUCUUAUUGAGGCUUGGGCGAAACAAAAAAUGGACGAGCCAUGGGAGCUUGUGCCUGGCUUCUCAAUAUGCUUGGUGCUGACUUGCAUGGUGGCGGACCAUGAUGCGCAGCGCGGCGCUCUCGCCGCCAAAGGCUCAGCAGGUCUCAAGCCGUGUGCCUUUUGCGUGAACUGCAUAGCAAAGAACGCGGAAGCCACGGCGCAAAGAGAUCCGCAUUUCCGCACCAUCGCAGAAUGUGACUUUGGCAUGUUCCAUCAACAUUCGACGGACGCGCUGCGGCAAUACAUUGGCAAAGCUCUCUCACUACCGAAGACAAAAGGCGAGCAUGAGCUACAGGAGCGGGUACUCGGCUACAGAAUCGAAAGAGACAACAUGUGGACGUCUCCCAUGUGUAUGCAAACGUUGCCAUUGGAGAGCUAUGUGAACGACAGCAUGCAUUGCUACUUUUCCUGCGGCAUUGCCUGCGUCGAAAUUGCAUUGCUCGUCGACCUGGUGCAGAGCGUAACCGCAAAAUCUAGUUCAGACAUAUUGCAGUGUGUCCUUGCUGCUGGCUGGCAACGGCCGGGUCAGCAUCUCCGCCGUGGCGAAACCCAGUUCUAUACAAAAAGAUUAUUUACAGCGGCCUAUUUCACCGCUGCAAUAUACAAGGGAAAUGCGAAACAAACAAUGGCGCUGCUUCCCUUGCUGCGUUGGGUGUGUGAAAGUCUAUGGCUGCGGGCGCCAGAGCUCGAAACAGCUGCGGCUUGUUUCUUGAAACUCUGCGCCUGCGUGGAAUGCAUCAGCACAAUAAAGGAAACCAAGGCCUUUGAUCAGCUGCAUGCAUUGUAG